AUGGGUAGCAUUUCAUGGGUAGCUUUUAAUGGGGGGCAAAGAUCUGCAAAUCGCACUGGACCAGAACAGAACUUUGACGUGUCCGGAGCAACAAGUCGCAUUUUGAAAAACGUUCAGUGGCGAGAAGACAACGAUAUUGACCACAUUUUACAAGAAGACUGGUCCGAUUUUGACCGUGAAUAUCGGGUUUUUGUUGAAGGCUGUGAUAAAUCGGGGCGACCCGUGUUCUCAAUUCUUGUCGGCGACUGGGAUAUCCGACGAGCCGUCGUGGCCGGUCAGUCGGAUCGUCUCAAGAGAUAUUUCAACAAACUGUUCGAAGAGGCGUCCACUUUGACGAGAAAGUUUCAAGAAAAUGGGCAAAAUGCGACGCAAGGAAUGAUCAUUUUCGACAUGGGAAAUUUCAAUUUAAUUCAACAGGGAUGUCUACGAUGUAUAUCGAUAUUUUUCUACAUUUUGGACGUUUAUGGACAACACUACCCAUAUUUUGCACAUCGGCUUGUCUAUGUAAAAACUCCAGAAGUUGCACUCCCAAUUUCUAACAUCCUUAAAGGUAUCUUGUCCAAACAUGUUACCGAAGUGUUGCGCGGAUUUCAGAGGGCUGAACACGUCUAUGUAUACUUGUGCGAAUAUAGAUCUCCUCCGUGA